GAAUCACGUUCGUAUCUCCAACAGGACUGCAGUAACCAUUUAAUAGGACUGCAGCCACCACCCUGACCAAAAGGGUGUCAGGUUAUAUCCUGACUCUGUCCAUUUAAGGCAGUGUUUCUGUGUAAUUGCUUUGAUCCUAAUUUUCUUAUUAAAUUGUAAUUCUGACUUAGACUCUCUCCCAGGUUUGCCUUCAAACCAGUACAAAAACCAAUGAGCUCAUCUGUUGUUUUCUGCCGAAAAAAGGAUUUCCCAUUCCCAAACCUUUGCCAGAUGGAAGAGGAGGCUGAGAGGAAGAUGAGGAUGCCCCAGGACACCCAGGCAGACAAGAAGCUGAGGAUGGAGACCAGAGAGGAAAAAUCCCCGUGGAAGAACCUGGAGGAAGAGGCUGUUUUGAGUGGCUGCACGGGAAAGGAAUCAAACAGAGAGGAAAAUCCCCAGAGAUCCCACAGGAGGAGGGGCUGCAAACCCAGACAAGGGUGCUCUGUGGAGGAAAGACCCACCCUGAGCCAGGAAGGUGGGCAGAGCUUCAGCCAGAGCUCAGAGCUGGUGGUCCAUGAGCAGCUUCAUGAUGGAGUGAAGCCCCACAAGUGCUUGGAGUGUGGGAAGAGCUUCAGGCAGAGCAGCACCCUGAUCCGUCACCAGAUGAUCCACACUGGGGAAUGGACCUAUGAGUGUGGGGAAUGUGGGAAGGGCUUCAGCUGCAGCUCCCAGCUCAUCAACCAUCAACAAAUCCACACUGGUGAAAGGCUCUACGAGUUUCCCGAGUAUCAGAAGAGGUUUCAGAGCAGCUCCCAUCUCCUCCGCCACCAGCGAAUUCACACAGAGGAGAGAGCCUUCCGCUGCCCUGAGUGCGGGAAGGGCUUCCAGAAAAAAUCCACCCUCAUCACCCACCGGCACAACCAUACUGGGGAGAGGCCCUGUGAGUGUCCCACCUGUGGGAAGAGGUUCCAGACCAGCCCAAAUCUCUGCCUGAAUGAGCGGAGUUACACUGGGGAGAGGCCCUUCCGCUGCCCCGACUGUGGGAAGGGCUUCAAGAAAAAAUCCACCUUUAUCAUCCACCGGCACAUCCAUACUGGGGAGAGGCCCUACGAGUCCCCCACAUCAUGGGAAGAGCUUCUCCAUGAGCUCAGACUUGACCAGACACCAAUGGAGUCACCAGUAAGGGAAGUUCUGUGAGUGCCCCAUCUGCAGGAAGAGCUUCAUGCCCAGCUCCAGCUUCUUUCCCCAUUGGAAGUCACAUGUUGGGAAGAGUGAUCCAUUUUUCCUGUGAUCCAUGCUGGGAAAACAGUUGUCCCUUUUCCUGCCCCUCCCAAUGGCAUGAUGUGUCAUUUAAAAACAUGAGGGUCUGCCCAUGCCCGUGUCAUUACAUUCACUACCACCUCAGGUCACUGCCAGGGGCAGGAAAGGGACUGUCUCUCUCUCUCUCUCUCCCCUGAGGAGAAGGGUGUCCUUUCCAGGCAGGGGAAAUUGUGGCCAGGCAGACCCAGUGAGUUGUGUUGUAGUUUUCCCUGUCAAAGUUUUAUU